UGAAAAUCUCGAUGCCCAACAACAUCUACUGCACAUUUGACGACAAAUGUCUUGGACUGGAAUGCUGUGUACAUUUCAACCUCUUCAUGUUCAGAAAGACAUAUAAGAUGUUUGCGAGGUUUGACCCAUGUGACUUGAAAUUUUCUGUCGGUGCUGGGAAGUUCAACACGUCCAUUGGAAUCAAAGGUGAUCUGAAGGAUAUAUAUGCAGGUUUGGAAAAGACUAUUCUGACUAAUGUGAAACUGGACAUACUGGGAGGAAUAGAGCUACUCAUCAGGGUGAAGUUGGAGAAAGAUGUCACCGCUGCUCUCAUCACAGUGGCCGCCGGCUUCUGUUCCCAGGACGACCACGACAACUGCGUCGCAUUCUUCAACAUCCUGGACGAGUUUCCAACACCGCUACCAAUAUGUCACCCAGAUGGCUCAAUAACCUGGCCAGACGUUGACUACAGGAGUUUGUUAGAUAAGGAAUCAAUCAGGAGACGAAUUCGGGAAAGUGCGAAAACGUUUGCAAAGGAUACCAUAAAGAAAGGCAUAGAAGAACUACUUGGUGUAAUCCCGUGUAUAUCACCCGAUGCUCCAGGCAAGACGGAUCCCUGUCCCAGACCCGAGGCCCUGACUCGGGAUAUCCUCAAACAGAAGCUACAACAGCGAGGACUGCAGAUCACAGGCACGAGAGACGAACUGGAACAGAGGCUUACGGUUGGACACAGAACUUGCAGACUGAUGAACAGGACAGUGACCCUCCCAACAAUUAAGAACGACAAGAUAAACAAGAUCGUGUACAUGGAGAUAGCCCCGGACUGUCUGCGGUUUGAUGCAUGUGUUGAUAUUAGGAUUAAGAAGCUGAAUUUCAACAAGGCUGUCAACGCUUACAUACAACUAGACCCGUGUAAAUUCACAAUGACCGUCAACUUUGAGGACUGCACUGAGACAGUUAUCCUCCUGGCAUACGACUGGGGGAAAGAGAAGACCGCAAGAUUGAAUGAUUGGGUCUCCAUAAGGUACACCAUUGACAGGAGUGAGGCAAGGAAGGUGUUCGUGGUUGACAUGGGUUUACAAAUCAGUGCUGGAGCGUCGGAACCGAUUCUGAAUGCCUUGUUGAUCGAAAAACUGGAUGUACCAAUACCUGUUUGUAAUGAAAACUUCUCUUUUCCGGGAAACGGAUCUCUGAAUAGCCUUGCAGAACAAAUGGGAGGAAAGCUAAUCAGAGAGGUGGUAGAUGUGGUGUUUCGAAAACUUGGACUGGAUAAGAUUCUGAUAGACGGAGGCUGUACAGCAUUAACGCCCCAGCCAGAUUGCCCUUGGACACUUCCAAACUACAAGCAUCUUCUACCCGCCAGUUUCCAGCACAACGUCAACUGUAAACUGCCGGACAACUGUUUCGGUAUAGAAUGUUGCGUGGACUUCUCGUUUGACAUCCCGCUGUUUGAGAACCCACUCGUUAAACACGUCCCCUUCUUCCUGAAGUUUGAACCGUGUAACUUCAAUGUGGAGGUCGGCUUUGGGAGCUACUACCACAAGGAAAGGCUGUUGACAUACAACUGGGGGACUGAAAAUCAACUGCACAUUGGCAAUGACAACCCAUCACCAGUAGUCAUCAAGUUCAAGAUCUCCAAGUAUCCCAAAGGCUUCCUUGUUGACCUGAGUGUCCACACAUGUAUCCCUAUCGAUGGUGACAGUUUUAGUGUGUUCAAGAUCUCCAAGUAUCCCAAAGGCUUCCUUGUUGACCUGAGUGUCCACACCUGUAUCCCCAUCGAUGGUGACCGUUUCUGUGUAUUUUUCUAUUCCAGGUUCAAGAUCUCCAAGUUCAAGAUCUCCAAGUAUCCCAAAGGCUUCCUUGUUGACCUGAGUGUCCAUACAAGUAUCCCUAUAGAUGGUGACCGUUUCUGUGUAUUUUUCUAUUCCAGGUUCAAGAUCUCCAAGUUCAAGAUCUCCAAGUAUCCCAAAGGCUUCCUUGUUGACCUGAGUGUCCACACCUGUAUCCCCAUCGAUGGUGACCGUUUCUGUGUAUUUUUCUAUUCCAGGUUCAAGAUCUCCAAGUUCAAGAUCUCCAAGUAUCCCAAAGGCUUCCUUGUUGACCUGAGUGUCCACACCUGUAUCCCCAUCGAUGGUGACAGUUUCUGUUACCCAGAAGGAGGAAUGACGCUGAUGAAUCAGGAGAAGAUACCCGCCUGUGAUGCUAAUGCUCUGGUGGAGUUCACAAAACAAAAUUUCUCAGUUUCUGAUUGGCUACGCGACCUUGACCUUGACAUCAACUUGAAGUCCCUCUUUCAAGCGGCUGCCAGGUUAUUAUUAGAUCGGUUUGGCAUCUCUGAAUUCCUGCUGGAUGACAGAUGUGAUGUUUCUAGAACACCAUACAAGCCAAGUGUUUACGGGUGGAGGAAUGAAUGCCCGAAGAGUAUUGGCAAGCUGCCCAAUCUUCCCAGCGGUCUGUACUGCCACCUAGCGGACACGUGCACCAAGAUAAACUGUUGUUUCCAUGUCCCCUUCCUGGAGAUGUCCUUCAACGCCGUCCUCAAUGUCGAUAUGUGCGACUACGUCAUUUAUGCCGCUAUUGAGAACAAAACCAGGACGCUUGGAAUGUUAGGGAAUGGUAUUGACCUCGAUGCUGGUACAUCACUGACGCUGGAUAUCGCGGAUGUCUUCCAGAUGAAAUUUGGUUUGAAAAAGAAAGACAAGGUUCUACUACUUGACCUUGACAUUGAGGUUUGUAUCGAGAAGGAUUCCUGCCUUGUUUCCACGCCCAUUAUGAAGGGAACUGAAGUUCCACAACUUGUGUGCGACCUUGAUGCCAGCUGGACCCUGAAAAAUUUCAGUAUAUCGGACUGGGCGAAGGCAAGAAGACAGGAUUUGACCAAGGGUCUCGCACGGACAGCUGUGAAACUUCUGUUGGAGCAACUAGGUAUCAAAGACAAGAUGCUGGAUCCACCAUGUAACCGGAGCAGUCUCAAGUACCAGCCAGCUGAUGCAGGCAACUGGAAGAAUGAUUGUGACUUGAGCGGCAGCGCUAUCACCCUCCCAUCAAUAACUCUUCCGGCCAACUGCCACAUCAAUGACAAAUGUUUGGGUAUAGACUGUUGUCUCCACAGCAACGUCCUUGAUCUGUCUCUUCACACGGCCUUCAACAUUGACCUCUGUAACUACUUCAUUGAAGGCUCCAUUGAGAAGUUCAGCUUUAAGCAUAACAUACUCAACUAUAACUGGGGAAAAGAAGAAGUAAUUACGUUUGAUGGUGUUCCUGUUCUCAAACUGAAGUUUAAGAUUGAGCGGCUUCUGUCCCAGCAAGUGUUUAUUGUGGACCUGUCUCUGAGUCUGUGUCUGGAGGGAGAUGACUGUGAGCUGGACCUGAAGGUGCUGAAUCAGACACGACUUCCGAUGCCAGGAUGUGCCAAGUUCCAGGGAUUCAAGCUUCAAAAUUUCUCACUGGGGAACUGGCUGAGAGAAAAGGGCGGUGAGAUCACAGCUCAGCUGUCAGCAGUCCUGAUGGAAGAGCUCGGCAUUAAACAGCUCCUGCUGGACACACAGUGUCAGGACUACCUGGAACCUUACAGAGGUGCUGUGAGUGGAUGGAACAACGCUUGUCCUGAAAACAUUACGAUGUCAGUACUGCCUCAGAACGUCUUCUGUCACUUGACUGACUACUGCACCGGGAUCACGUGUUGUGUCAAAGUGCCACAGGUCAAACGGAACUUCAAUGCCUACCUCUUCCUGGACUCCUGUAACUACAAUAUGAGAGUCGGCAUUGAGAAGUUGGAGUUCAGUCACACACUGUUUAACUACACAUGGGGUGAAACAGAAGUUGUCGAUCUUGGAGGACUUGUCCGAAUUGAAUAUACCAUCAGCUCUGGUCAGAAGAAGUUCCUGGUGAACCUGAGCCUGAAGGUGUGUCUGACUGCUGGAGAGGCUUGUCAGUUUACUUUCCCUGUGUUCACAGACAUGACCAUCCCUAAACCAUUCUGUGACUGGGAGGCCACCAAGCAGCUACAAAAUUUCUCCCUUAGAGAGUUUGUGACAUCGCAAGGUGGUGCACUGACGGACAGACUGGCUGAUGCACUUGUGGACAAGCUGAUGGAGACUCUUGGUGUAUCCGGCUAUCUUCUGGACCCGCAGUGUUCCAUGAGUGGUCGGGGCACGAAUGGCUGGAGCUCAGAUUGCCCCAGACCGGUUUCACUGCCAACACUACCCGACUCUCUGUCCUGCAGUCUUCCCGACCACUGUACAGGAAUAGACUGUUGCCUCAAUGUGCCCCUUAUCAGUCGAAAUGUCCACUUCAAGGUCGACUUGGACAUGUGCAAAAUGACGCUAACAUUGGCCAUAGAGAAGCUUGAGUUUAGCAGACUGCUCUUCAACUACCAAUGGGGAACGCCAGACAGUUUCAAUCUGAAGAGGAUAUUCCGAGCAGAUUACGUCAUCGACAAUCUGGAGGGAGAGAAACAGUUCCUUGUAAGUCUCAACAUCAGUGCCUGCUUUGAGGCUGGAGGGAGGUGUCUGGUUACCCUACCAGUGUUAAACCAAGCCAGGUUCCCCAACCCUGGAUGCGACUGGAACUCAACACUGUCCCUCAAAGGCUUCUCCCUGAAGAACUGGCUGAAUGAUCAUAAUCUGAACAUCGGACAAGCCUUGACCUCAGUAUUCCGGUUCCAACUAUCUCUAGCUCUGGGCAUCUCUGAGUACCUCCUGGAUCCCAUGUGCGACAGGCAGAGGGGGAUAUACAAGCCGGGAUGGAAUAAUGCGUGUCCAAAACCAAUGACCCUACCAAGCCUCCCGAGCAGCCUGUCGUGUCAUAUCCCCGACUACUGCACUGGACUGGACUGCUGUGUGGAUGUGGUCAGUCUGGGAAUGUCCUUCAACUUCAAGAUCCUCCUUGACACACGGAACCUUGUCCUGACUGUCAGUAUCGAGAAGCUCACCUUCCAGACAUCAUUGUUCAACUACAAGUGGGGAGAAUGGGAAAAUUUCAACCUUAAUGGCGUCGUUAGGUUAAGUUUCAAGAUUGACGACCUUGUACAUGCUUGGAAGUACCUGAUGAGUCUAAAACUCUCGCUGUGCUUUGAAGCAGACUCUCCCUGUGCUCUCAGCCGUCCUGUCCUCACAGAUAUCAGCUUCCCCAAACUAGUGUGGAACUGGGAUAAUCCUUUCUCCGCGAUUGACAACGGCUUCUCUUUGAAGAACUGGCUUUCUGAUUUGAAGCUCCCGUCUGGUAAGAGACUCGCCAGCUUAGAUGUGUCGAAACUUUUAGACAGACUUGGGAUUGCGGACUACUUGACAGACCCCAAGUGUAACAAGAGCCAACCACCUGGAGCAGUUGGCGGUUGGAAAAAGGAUUGCCCUGCCAGUCUCACCCUGCCAACACUACCAGACUCCGUCACCUGUCAUCUGUCGGACCCGUGUGGCUCCAUACAGUGUUGUAUUGACGUGGACUUUAUCGGGAGAUCCUUCAACGUCCAGGUCGGAAUAGACCCUUGCACCUACACCUUCACCAUGGGCAUAGAGAAACUGGUCUUUACCAGGAUCUUAUCCAACUACAAAUGGGGAACUGUGGAACACUUCAGCUUAAAGAACGUGGUCCGUGUAGAUUUCAUGAUCGAUGACCUGUUCGGGGAAAAGAAGUUCCUGAUCAACCUCAACAUCAGUGUCUGUUUCGAGGAGGAUUCUUGUAUGAUUUCCUUCCCAGCUCUGAAGAAUGUAAAGAUUCCCAAGUUGGUCUGUGACUGGGACAGUACAGCUGCUCUUGCAGAUUUCUCUUUGUCUGGCUUCCUGUCCGAGAUGAAGUCUAAUGGGUCUGCGAGUCUCACUUCAGUCAUCGCAGCCAAACUGUUUGAGAGGCUGGAAAUAGCUGGAUAUCUGAAGACAGCACAGUGUCAAAAUACAAGUAGUCCUUAUGUACCUACAAUCAAUGGAUGGAACAACGAGUGUCCAGUUGUGGGGCUUGACCAGUACCUCCCUGACCUCCCUGAUUCCAUGGCAUGUCACGUCCCCGACAUCUGCACCGCCGUUGACUGCUGCAUCUACAUCGACUUCCUGUCACGUGCCUUCAACGUCUUCCUGACAGUGGACAUGUGCACCUAUCAGCUGACGGUGGGCGUUGAAAAUCUGGUCUACAAACGGAUGUUGUUGGACUAUCAAUACACCAUCAACCGACUUAUGUCUGAGAAGAAACUGGAGGUGACUGCAGCUGUCAGUGUGUGUCUGAAACAAAACGAGUGUCUGUUCUCCAAAACCUUCCUUGACAAACCCAAGAUACCACAACCUCUGUGUGACUGGGAGGCCAGGCUGCAACAGAGAAAUUUCUCAUUGUCCAACUGGGCAUCAGGCAAGGGUCUGUCCUCCACCGUGUCGACUCUCACGGAAACACUCAUAUCUCAGCUCAUGGAUGAUCUUGGGGUGUCUCAGUACCUCGUCAGCUCGGCCUGUGACCAGUCGGCAAGUCCAUAUUCCCCUGCUGGGAUAAACAACUGGAAUAAUGAAUGCAGCAGCCGAGCCGUACCAUCCCUACCCGACUCUGUGCGAUGUCACCUGACCUUCAACUGUUCCACUGUAGACUGUUGUGUCGAUGUUCGACUCAUCAAGAGGACAAUCCAAGCCAAGUUUGAUGUGGAUAUUUGUAACUUACAGAUGACAGUGAUCAUUGAACGACUAUCUUACACUGUUUCACUCCUGGAGUAUGUAUGGGGCACAGAAGGACAUUUCAUCCUGGGAGAUAUGGCACGGCUGGUGUACAAACUUGAGCACGUCCCUUCAACGCAGACGUUGGUGAUUGAUCUAAACAUCAAGAUGUGUUUUGAAGACAACACGUGUGUGCUUGAAGUCCCAGUCUUCUCGCAAUCAGAGCUGGCGUAUUCCUCAUGUAACCCGAGUCUACCGGUGCCGUUUGAUGGUGUCUCCUUUGAUUUCUGGAAGUCUAAAAAAUGUGCUCUACAAACAUCCGCUUGUCCGGCAUCCCUCCCCACGGCUAUCUCGAGCACCUGCCGCCUGACUGACAACUGCAUGGGCAUCACGUGUUGUGUGGACAUCGACCUGAAGUAUCUCGGCAUCUACUCCAUCACUGCCGGCAUCACGGUUGACCACUGCAAUGACCAGCUUGUGUAUCAUAUAGAGAACAAAGAGUGGACAAAGAAGCUGCAGGUUGUGGAAUAUGACAAGAACCACACUGUGUUAGUUGGCAACGCCAUCACCGUGAGCUACGUUAUCAGCAAAACCGCAUCCUCCUAUGAAGUGUCCUUCCACGUCAAGCUCUGUGUCAUGAACGUACACGACCUCAUCAACAAGUGCUACUACUACAAACUCCUAGAUGAAAAGGUGUUCCAGAUGCCGUCUUCUUGUUCACCUGUUGGACGAAGAAGGAAAAGAAGAAGUCCUUUAGACCUAAUACAUACAGGAGAUGCCAAACGGAUCCUUAAUAAUGCUAUGAACCAGAACUUUACAAAUGAAGAAAUCAAGGAUCUUUUUGAAAGACUGAAGACUGAAGCAAAGAGGGACAACUCACUGAUGUUCACCCGCACGGAUGAUGAUGCCACAGCCACCAACACUAAGAGCGCCAUCAGAAAGAUGGGUAUGGCCAACCCAGGAACCAUUCUGUACUCUGGGGAGGUCGGCAGAGGGAACGUGGUGCUCGGCAUGGAAGGAGGCGAGAAGAUCAUGAAGGUCCUGGGUCAGGUAACCGACAUCCUGGGUCGCGGGGACCAGGCGUACACUGUGGGGAAAGGUCUGACUGGGAAAGGACUGGAGCUGCUUGGUGCUAAACUAGCCAACAUGAGUAUUGGGGAGAUCAUAGCCAUGUUUGAUGCCAAGAACAUCGACCCUGAACUUGCUCUUCGACUGACGAGACAACUGAGAGAUCUGGCUCUUGCCCUGUAUUCAGAUAUCAUCAAUGCCAUCAUCAACGGCGAUGGAACCAACGCAUUUAGUUCUUUUGACAUUACCCUCCAAGGAGAUUUCAGUAUACCCAGAGAAACCAUCCCUUUCUUCAAAUUCGAAAAAUUCUUCCUGAUUGGAGGAAUCGUACCCAUGACCUUUGAGUUUGGAGCCGGAGCUUCUUUUGGAAUGGAAAUAGUUGCCGGAGCUAAGAUCCUUGGUAUGACGGUGUUCGGUCAAGUGGUACCCUAUGGAAGUGCCCAUGUUUACGGAGAACUUGGCAUCGGACUUAUACUGUAUGGCAAGCUGAGAUUUGAUGGUUACCUCAUGAACGUUGCGUUCCCGUCCAGGGCUGAAAUAGGGUUCUAUAAGUUCCCACUUGAUUUAAGUCUGAAGAUGGACAUAGAGCUGGUUCCUCUGGAGAUGACCCUGCAGGGACUAGUUACCCUGGAGGUCAAUCUCUUGUUCGACACGAUCAAGAAGAUAUUGUACCAGGCAGUUAUCUGGCGAUAUGCUACUCCAGUGAUAAGGAAAAGACUGAUAGACACAGGCAAGAAGGAGGAGGACAAGUCUCCACCACAGUUCCUUAACUACGUGGACAAUACGGGAGGUCCUGGCCGAAAGAAGAGAGCAGUGUCCACAUCGCGGAGCUGCUUAGUGAGACAACUCCCCAAUAGAGACUACACAGAACCGGCUGUAGAGAUAGCCAUAGCUGCCCAGGAUGACCGGAGUCAGGUCCAGAUCUUUGUGGAUGCUGGCACCAAACCUGGACUCAGUGAUGUACUGAGAAAAUCCACCCUCGGUGGACCAUCAACAAUUAUCACUCAGCGAUUUUCCAAGAAUGGCUACGGUGUCCCCGUUUACUUCACGGUGUACGGAGAGAACAGCGCAGGCGCGAGAUCCACCGUGACUUGCGCCAUCCCCACCUAUGACGUCACGCCCCCUGGUGGCAGAUUGACAGCGGACUUUAGUUCAACCAGUAACCCAGCUGAGCUGAGAGGGAACGUGGUGGUGUAUGAAGAUUCCGAUCUGGUUAAAUCCUCUGUGGGUGUCGGACUGGGAAGGGGAAUCUACGCAGAUGAAAUAAUAGCCUACAACUCGGUCAAUCUUAGAGGAAGGCACACAGCAGGCUAUGACCCUUCAUCUGAUCAGUAUGGCCAUGAAGCGUUAAAACAUUUCACGGGUCUGAAGAAAGGUCGGCUGAUUGGCCCAGUGUUUGCCGAGUUCUCCAGGAUGAACCACGCCGGGUCGUGUGUGAAGGAGUGUAUGAAGUUCCCGGAGACCAAAUGUUUGAGCGUCAACUAUGACUACGGGCCUAGUGGACAUUGUGAACUGUUAGAAGGCAUUGAAGGACACGACCAUAAAAUCUUCAUUUCUGAUCAGUAUUCUCACUAUGAGAGGCUUGGAGUUGGUCUUGCCCACGAGUUCAUCUACAAGGAUCUGACUUUACGUCACGGGGUCAUGUACUACUUCAACCUCCACCUUAUCAACAACCUCCAGUUUGAUUCCAUCCUCCAUAGCAAGGGGGUCGUGGUUGAUUUAACACCUCCUGAACCAGGUCCACUGGCUAAUGUGAGUCUCGAUGUCCUGGAGGUGACCUCGUGUGAGAGUGUGGUUCCAGAUGACAGACCAGACUGGGAAGUCAGGUGUCGAGGUGUCAACAGUCAGUUGAAAAACCACAGGAUAAUUCAUGAUGGCACUGGAUCAAACACCGUUUUCAAUGGGGACGAACCCCUUACUGAUCUCCUAUACACCAGAGCAAACAGAUACGUAUCAGCUAACUGGGACGGCAUCAUGGACAAAGAAACGGGCAUACUGGGCUUCUCCUUGACCGCAGGGACACAGAUCUGUGAGGAGCUGAUUCACCCCCAUCAUGACCCUCACAGGCACCUGUUUGACGAAUCAGAGUGGACCCACACUGGACUCAUUUCCCCCAUACCGGCUCCAUACGACCCUCUCCCUGAUGGGAAAUACUACAUCACACUGAGGGCCUUGAACAAGGUUGACUAUGGAGGUCCACUUGUAACAACAAUCUGCCACACCACGCCGCUAGGGGUGGACAACUCACCACCACUCCUGUAUGAAAUCUAUAACGUUUCCUACAACGAAGACACCUUCUUCAUUAAUGCGCAGUACAACGCCAGUGACCCACAUUCAGACAUCAGAGAAGCAGACUUGUGUCUUGGGCGGACCACACGUGACUGUCAUCACAUGGACUGGCAGAGGUCCUCCCACAAUGAUGGCGACAUCACCCGUCAGUUCCAGAUCCCGGGUGGAACUCCUGUCUGGAUUAAAGUCCGGGUAAUCAACAAUGUUGAUUUGAUGAAAGUGGGCGUGUCCGACCAUCCGAUCAUAGUGGACACAUCUCCUCCUGAACCAGGCAUUGUGUAUGACGGACCCUUCUUCAGACAUGACCUCAACUUUACCAAGGAUGCUGAUAAGAUCUGCGCAAACUGGUUUGGGUUCUAUGAUCCUGAGUCGGGUAUUUCACACUACGAGAUGUCGGUUCUUGAUGACACAAACACAACAAUCUCCGAGCCGGUCAGUCUUGACCAUAAGACGCACGAGACCUGUGUCCAGCUUAGCUCUAACCAGAGGCUCGAACACGGCAAGGCCUACAGAUUCUACACCACAGCGUUCAAUGCUGGCCACAAACAGCUGAACGUCUCAGCAAUGUCAGAUGGAGUGAUCGUGGAUCUGACUGCCCCUGUGCCGGGUGACGUUGUUGACGGUAUACGGCACAGCUUUGUCGACGUUGAGUUCAGUACCCACGUUGCCACAGUUGGAACCCAGUGGAGGAACCAUAGUGACCCAUAAGAGAGUUUGCUGUACAGAUACUAAGAGCAAAAGGGCUGUCGUCAGAAUUUGAGAUAUUAAGAAACUGGAACAC